GGUAUAUAUAUAAAUAAUUAAAGCAAGUGGUACCGAAGUGUGAACGGUGAUAUCCACCUGUCGUGAUAAAACAAGCCGUGACUGAAGACAGAUGAAAUAUUGUCGAUUAUCAAAAUGAGACAGACACACUCGGGGCUCUGUGGAUUUCUAGCAACGCUACUGACAGCGUGUGUGCGCGCGCUGGAAACGGAAUAACGAAACGGGUUAAAAAAGCCUGGCUCGAACACGGAACAUGCAUCCGGUUGUUCGCGUGAUAUCACCCGUCCGCGCUUCUUUGUGGCCGAAUUGUCGUCGUCGCGGCGUAUCUGUCAAAAUCGGUGAGUGGCCUCGCGGUAGUAGUCUCGCGAGCAGAAUGUAAAAGAGAAGGCGAAUACAUAAGAGAAUAUCAUCGUCUGGUGCGUGUCCGUCAAAAAGAGAGACACGACGGUUCCCGUUUAUCUGCUGCGAGAAGAAAAAGGCGACGAUUCACCGAAGGAUGCGUCCAAUCGCGGAUCGCGCAACGACGGCGACCGGCGUCCAUUCGUUUUAUUUCCGAUAACGACAAAGGUUGGGUAAAGGAGGCGACGUGAGAAAGAAGGGAGAAGCGGCACCGAGAAGAAGAGCAACACCAGGGGAAGAGAGAAAGAGAGAGAGAGAGAGAGAAGGAAAAGGAGGCGGAGGAGAAGGAGGAGGAGAAAUCUACCGCCGCCGUCAACCUCGUCGUUGUUGUCAGCGCAGCGUCGACAGCAAUGGCUGCUGCCGUCGAUGAAGUCGUGCUCGAGGAGCUGAAGACCGAGAUCGAGCGGUUGUCGCGCGAGCUCGAUUUGGCCUCCACCGAGAAGGUGCAGUCGGCCAAGUACGGGCUCGCGUUGCUCGAGGAGAAGUCCGCGCUGGAGCAGCGAUGCAACGCCCUCGAGGUUCUUUACGAGAACACGAAGCACGAGUUGGAAAUCACGCAGGAGGCCCUCGCAAAGUUUCAGACCACUACGAAAAUAACUGCAAAGAGUGGCAUCGAGCAAGAAGAGAGUCUUCUUAAUGAAAGCGCCGCACGUGAAACAUCACUGCAGACACAGAUUAUCGAAUUGGAAAAUGAAACAAAACAGUUACGUCACGAGUUGGAACGAGUGGAGGCGGAACGCGAUCAUGCACUUCAGGAACGCGAAGAAAUCCUCAAGGAUCACCAGCAAGCGGAGACGGAACGCAAAUCGUUGCGUACGGAGUUGCGGGAAUGCAGAUUCCGUGAGACACGUCUGCUUCAGGACUAUUCCGAGCUGGAGGAUGAGAAUAUUUCGUUGCAGAAGCAAGUGUCGGGUUUACGGUCAAGUCAGGUAGAGUUCGAAGGUGCCAAACACGAGAUCCGAAGAUUGACGGAGGAGGUCGAGCUGCUGAACAGCCAAGUGGAAGAACUGACAAACCUGAAGAAGAUAGCGGAGAAGCAGAUGGAAGAAGCGUUAGAGUCGCUGCAAGCGGAACGCGAAGCCAAAUACGCAUUGAAGAAGGAACUGGAUCAGCGAAUCAAUAGCGAGUCGAUUUACAAUCUCAGUAACCUCGCGCUCUCCAUACGGGGCAUCACGGAAGAUCAGACGAUAUGCAGCGAUGGCGAGGACGACUCACCCGCGCUGCGUAGAAUCGAGGCUGACCUGAAGACACAGGAACCGGGCACAUCUGCCACUGACAAACAGGUUGAUCUGUUCUCCGAGAUUCAUUUGAACGAACUGAAAAAACUCGAAAAGCAGCUGGAGCUCGCGGAGACCGAGAAAGCUCAUCUGACGCAGAAUUUGCGUGAGUCGCAGUACGCGGUUGAGAAGAGCCAAACCGAACUGCAGUCGUUCGUCGCACGAAUAGUGCAGCUGGCGGCUCAUGUGCAAUCGUUGCAUCAUCUUCACUCAAAGCUGCCAGAAAAACAGAGCGAAGAAACCACUCUAGAAAAACUCAAUCAGGCUAUAGUGCAAUAUCAUCAAUGGAGCACAAUGUCCGCGCGCGAAGUGAAUCAGUUACAGAAAGAUCUAGCAGAAUUGGAAAAUGGUUUGACCUUGUCCGAUUCCACGCAGCAGUUAAGAACCGAGCUGACAAAUCUAAGAAACAAGAUACCCGAGUCAGAGAAGAGCCUUCGAGAAAAGCUCUUGGACACUGAACAGAGGAGCGCGCAGCUUGAGUCGGAUGUGUCUACUCUGUCGAAACUCACCGCGGAAGCGGGCGGUUUUCUCGACUCCGCUCAGAACGAUUUGCAGAAUCUCUCGGAUGAACUCGCGCAACUCUAUCAUCACGUGUGCACCGUGAACGGCGAGACCCCUUCGAGGGUAAUAUUGGACCACGAGAAGUCGGAGAUCGUGCCUGAGAAGGAGGAAGAAAACGGCAAGAUGGACUGGGGCCGGACUCUGUUCAAGACCGAUAUCCAGAUCAAGGAUUUGGAGAGCCUCGGCAAAGCGAAAGAAAUUGCAAAACACAUAGAAACCGCAAUGGACCAAAUAAAACAUCUGAGAAGCGCCGUUGAACACACGAUUGAACUAUCCAAGGUCAAGGGAAUGCAGUCUUUGAACGUCUGCAAUGUUUGCGAGGCGUCUGUCAAUGAAAAUAAGGCAGAAGUGACGGAUCUUCAAGAACAAGUGAUCAGGUUAAAGGCCUUGCUAUCUGCUAAACGGGAACAAAUUGCCACGUUAAGAACGGUACUUAAAUCAAAUAAAAACACGGCAGAAGUGGCACUAAUGAAUUUGAAGAGCAAAUACGAAAACGAAAAGCUCAUCGUCAACGAAACGAUGCUCAAGCUGAGAAAUGAGCUUAGAAUGUUGAAGGAAAAUGCUGCGACUUUUUCGAGUCUGCGUGCAAUGUUCGCUGCACGCUGCGAAGAGUACGUGACGCAAGUGGACGAGCUUCAGCGGCAGCUCGCCGUGGCGGAAGACGACCGAAAGACACUGAACCAGUUACUGCGGCUGGCGGUGCAGCAGAAGCUCGGCUUGACCAUGAAGCUGGAGGAGCUCGAAGUCGAUCGGGAACUGCGCAACACCAGACGACAUGCCGCGGGCGCAAACGGACGCGGUAGACCGCGGCUGCCGCAACAGACAAACCGCUCCCACUUGGGCAGAGAGUUCUUCUAGAAAAUGAUGAAGAUGUGGAGUAAGAUAUUCUGAAAGAAACGGCGAUUUUGAAAAACUUUUUCAAAUUUUUCUACCGCUCGUUGUCGCAAACCCGUGUUUUGCCGGGUCGAACUUUAGUGAGAGUACUGACUUUUUCUUCUUCGUUAAAAGAAAAAAAAUAUCCGCAUUCUCGAUGUGUGCAGCGUCGUUCAUCGUCGCGGUAAAUUUUCUGCGGAACGUAUUUUUGCAAAAGAAGACGAACGCAUCCGAGUGCUUUAAAAAAAAAAAAAAAAAAAAAUGGAAAAACGGAGAAAGAAGGGAAAAAUAGUGACGCCGUCCUCACUAGUACGAGAGAGAAUCGCGCACAGAAAACGGGGGAGCAAGGGCUGCGUUUCGAAGACUUUUGAAACAUUCGACUUUUUCACAUUCUACGGAUUUUUACUCCAUAUCAUUAGAUUAUCUUCGGAAAGCUCCUUGUGUUACCAUUAUUAUUAGUAGAGAACAAUUGCGAAGUGUAGGAUAGAUGAUAGUCUCUUUCGUUAACGGGGGCGUUUCACCAUCUACGAAGAGUUACUACGCGUAAGUUCGACGCGCGAAUUUUAUGACGAUACGUGUGUGUAGACGCGUUAAAUUAACAGACUAGAUCGACAUGAAUGCGCGCUCAAUCCGUUUGUCCGUCAUUUUAUUUUGUACAGAAAUAAUUACUUUAGAUCGAAAAACUCUGCUUUUAACUUAAUUUAUUAAUGUUUUACAUAUAUUUUAACAGGUUAUUGUUGCUUCAGCGAAAUUCAGAGCACGGUUUCAUUAACGGUUUGCGUAUAUGUAAUAUAAAUGUUUGCAUUUCCGGAACGUUUUGUCGGAUGAAAAGCUUCAAUGUAGUACGCUAUUAAAGAGGGACACGGAAAUACUGGAGAGGACUGUACGUCGUUUGCGGGUAGAAUAAUAGCAAACGGCGAAGAAUUUUACAUUGCAUACCACAUAGAGACAAUAUUAACACUGCGCGUGACCGGUAGCGUUUAUAAUCAAAGUAGCGGAAUGAAAUGUAGACAAAGUAGUCUUGAAAUUUUUAACGAUAGCCGAAUUUAAAAAGAAAACACGAUAUAUAGGGACCCAUUUUCUAAGUAGCAGAAAACUCGUCACAGUCCACGAAACUAACAUUCGGGUAGUCCACCUCGAUAGUCCACUUCCCUACUCAUUUUAGCCGAAAUUCUAGCAGUUUUUUUGUACAAAAACAAUUGUGUUUUUAUUCGAUUUAUCUGCAUUGUCAAAAAUCGCAGAAAUUUUAUUUUAUUUUGUUACGUCGGGAAGGGAACAAUUAUUGCCGUCUUGUGUUCCAUAAAAAAAAAGAAAUUUAUACAAGGAAAAAAUGAAAAAUUACAUAAAAAAUUCUAUAUAAAAUGACUUGUUUAAAAAAUAAAGAUCUUGUAAAAUUUUUUAAACUUAAAAACAAAUCGCAAUUAUAAUUAAUUGACAUUGUUCAUCUUCAAAAGUAGCGGAAUCGGUUGUUUCAGUUCUGAAGUAACAAGUAUUUACAUAUCUUAUGUAUCAGAUUCGUCUGUGGUUUACAAUUUUGUUAUUGACUAUGGAACUUGACGUCGACGUUUCGCGUAUUUUAUUCUAUAGACUGUGGCCUAAGCCUAAGCAGAGUUUUAUAGAUUGCAUUCUUCUUUGCGCAGCUUAUAGAUCGUAGAUUAAUUGUUUAUUGAAGUUAACAAUUGCGUUUUGUUGAUAUUACUCGACGCAGCUAUUUAUCUAUUUAAUCAUUUGUUAAGUUAUAACUAUUUAUAUAUUUCUAUGUACAUGUUUUUUGCCGUGAUAUCAAAUCAUGCGUCAGGAAGUAUUUUUAACAUCUUACUGAUGUACAUAUGAUAAUCGGAUGGUUGCGAAUUUCGCACAGAGUUGCAUACAGAGGCCAACAACGGCGUUCCCUGUAAAUUGAGUUGUAGCGAUUUUCAACUAACUCAUAUGCUUUCUGAUAAUCACUGAUCUCGUUCUACGAGAAAAGUUUCUUUAUUCGAGCGAGAAACACACGAGAAAAAAGGAUUCUAAUUACUUCAGCGAUUAUUGUUGUUUCUUGUAUUUUUGUAAAAGAGUCGUGAUGAGCACAACACGUAUGCUCAGCGUAUGUUCACAAACGACGCAUUAUUGUCUCUAAUCAAAUUUGUUGUUCAUAUAGCUAUUGCUAUUGCUGUCUUAUAAUUAUUAUUGUCAAUAUUAUUAUUGUGCAUUUAUUGCUAUUGCAUUGUCAGAGUGAGGAAUACAUUGGAGAGAAUUUAUCAAUUGUUUUAUCGCGAUUGUCGAUCAGUUAUACGGCUAUUUAAAUCUAAUAACGUGAAAUUGAUAUCGCGUCACCUGUGUCUACGACGCAUACUGUGAUUUGAGAAAUUCCCUCAUUUCUGUUUUUAUAUUUCGGUUUUCAACGUCGAUCGUAUUUUUGUCCGUAUUCGGAAAAUAAAAUGUCCGUUUCUUUA